CCCUCCACGCCACUCCUCUUCUCGUUAUUUAUUUUCUCCGAGUCCUGCCGACGAUUAGUUCUCGCGGACGGCACUCCUCCUUUCGUCAUCCUCCUGCCGGCGAUUCUCGUGGAGACGCACACGCACAUACGCAUGAUGGGGAUCCAGCCCAACUUGCUCAACCAGCUGGUGUCGCUCCUCCUCGGGGCGUCCGUCGCCGGGGUGCUCAUCUUCUUCAUGUCCUCGGACGGGAUCGGCGCCGGGCCGUCCACGCCCGGCAUAUCCAGCUGGGUCAAUGGAACCAUGGCGGUGCCGGUCGCUCCUGCGCAGGAGGCUAACCACACGAGCGCAAGCAAGGUCGACGGCGUUGCCUCUCCCCUGGAAGCCAGCCACAACACUAGCCAGGCGGCGGAGGACGAGCUGGAGCGGCUGCUGCGGACGGUGGCGGACGAGCACAAGACGGUGAUCAUGACGUCGGUGAACGAGGCGUGGGCGGCGGAGGGCUCGCUGCUGGACCUCUUCCUCGAGAGCUUCCGCGCCGGGGAGCGGAUCGCGCACUUCGUGGACCACCUCCUCGUCGUGGCCCUCGACGCCGGGGCGCUGGAGCGGUGCCGGGCCGUGCACCCGCACUGCUACCUCCUGCCACCCGUGGCCGGCGGCAACAAGAACCUCUCGGACGAGAAGGUGUUCAUGAGCAAGGACUACCUGGACCUGGUCUGGAGCAAGGUCCGGCUGCAGCAAAGGAUCCUCGAGCUCGGAUACAACUUCCUCUUCACGGACGUGGACAUCAUGUGGUUCCGGGACCCAUUCGAGCGGAUGUCGGUGGCGGCGCACAUGGUGGCCUCGUCGGACUUCUACUUCGGCGACCCGUACAGCCCCGUGAACGCCCCGAACACGGGGUUCCUGUACGUGAGGUCGAGCGCGCGCAUGGUGGGCGUCUUCGAGGCGUGGCGGACGGCGAGGCUGUCGUUCCCGGGGAAGCACGAGCAGCAGGUGUUCAACGAGAUCAAGUUCGAGCUGGUCGACAAGCGUGGCCUCCGGGUGCAGUUCCUCGACACGGUGCACAACGCCGGGUUCUGCAACAACACCCGGGAUUUCAACACGCUCUACACCAUGCACGCCAACUGCUGCGUUGGCCUCGCCGCCAAGCUCCACGACCUCGGGAACCUGAUGAAGGAGUGGCGCGCGUACCGGGGGAUGGACGACGCGCAGCGCCGCCGCGGCCCCGUGCGGUGGAAGGUCCCCGGGAUAUGCAUCCACUGAGUCUGAGUGGUUGGUUCAUGGCAUAUGCGCAUGUGGUCGGCCAUGUCUGUUUGAGAUGUAGUACAAAUGUGUCUGCAGUUGUGCGCAAGACAAGAUCGAGGUUUAUGUCGUCAACUCGUAGUUUGCUUAGAAGGUUUGAGUGUUCAUAUCGCGUCAUGAGAAUGCGAAUCCACGAAUAGUGUAUGACGUAUGAUCUUGAAACCCAAGAGAGUGAUAGUAUGAGAUGCCCUCAAGGGGAUGAUGAGAAGCUA